UUGCUUUCAUAGACUGGGCGCUUGGCAGGCUCUGCUUCUCUUCGCCUCUGCCUUCCCCAUCUCCCUCUCUUCUCUCCUACAGCCCGUCUGCCCCUCCUCUCCUCCAUCCCUCUCUGCUCUCCGCUUCCCUUUAUUUUCACUCCUACCCGUGUCUCCCUCCUCCCGCUCCCUCGGAGCUAGUCUGUAUUUGCAGCUCCCGGAAGCAGCCGCCGACUCUCCCCUGGAGCAGCGUGACUGACACCGACUCCCGUUAAGGGGGAGGAGGCGGAGGGCCGGAGACGGGGGAGGGAAGGCGGGCGGAGGGUGCGAGUGGCCAAACGCGGAUUUUCACCGCCGAGGACGAGCCCCCAGGUCACCGAAGCAGAAUGGCAGAAAUGCAGGGCUUGAUGGAAAGGCUGGAGCAGGCAGUCGUCCGGCUGGAGCUGCUGUCUGCAGGGUCACACAGGCCUCCCGGGGACUGCGGAGAAGUGAACGAUGUCAAUGCAGGUGUGGCGCCCUCCGUAGAAGCCUUCGAUAAGCUGAUGAACAGCAUGGUGGCCGAGUUUCUAAAGAACAGUAGGAUCCUUGCUGGUGACGUGGAGACUCACGCAGAAAUGGUGCACAGCGCCUUCCAGGCACAGCGGGCUUUCCUUCUGAUGGCCUCUCGGUACCAACAACCCCAAGAGAAUGACGUGGCUACCUUGCUGAAGCCGAUAUCAGAGAAGAUUCAGGAAAUCCAGACUUUCAGAGAGCAGAACCGGGGAAGUGACAUGUUUAACCACCUCUCGGCGGUCAGCGAAAGCAUCCCUGCCCUGGGGUGGAUAGCUGUGUCCCCCAAGCCGGGUCCUUAUGUCAAGGAGAUGAACGAGGCGGCCACCUUUUACACCAACAGGGUCCUAAAGGACUACAAACACAGUGACCUGCGCCACGUGGAUUGGGUGAAGUCAUAUUUGAACAUUUGGAACGAGCUCCAAGCGUACAUCAAGGAACACCACACCACAGGCCUCACUUGGAGCAAAACAGGUCCGGUGGCAUCAACUGCAUCAGCGUCCGCCUUCUCCCCUGGGCCUGGCCUUCCUCCUCCCCCUCCGCCUCCGCCUCCUCCAGGGCCACCUCCGCUUUUUGGUACUGAAGGCGGAAAAGAAGAGCCCUCUCCUUCACGCUCAGCUUUGUUUGCUCAGCUUAACCAGGGAGAAGCAAUUACAAAAGGGCUCCGGCACGUCACAGAUGACCAGAAGACAUACAAAAAUCCCGGCCUACGGGCUCAAGGAGGACAAACUCGAUCUCCAACCAAAAGCCACACUCCAAGUCCCACUUCUCCCACAUCUUAUCCUCCUCAGAAACAUGCUCCUGUGUUCGAGCUGGAGGGGAAGAAAUGGAGAGUGGAAUACCAAGAGGACAGGAAUGACCUUAUGAUCACAGACGCUGAAUUGAAACAAGUGGCUUACAUUUUCAAAUGCAACAAGUCUACUCUACAGAUGAAAGGAAAAAUCAACUCCGUCACCAUUGACAACUGUAAGAAGUUUGGCCUUGUGUUUGACAGCGUGGUGGGCAUUGUGGAAGUGAUCAAUGCCAAGGACAUUUACAUUCAGGUAAUGGGGAAAGUGCCAACGAUUUCCAUUAAUAAGACGGAAGGUUGCCACAUAUACCUCAGUGAAGAUGCGCUGGACUGUGAGAUUGUCAGUGCCAAGUCAUCAGAAAUGAACAUCCUUAUCCCUCAGGACGGUGACUAUAGAGAAUUUCCUGUUCCUGAACAGUUCAAGACGACGUGGAAUGGAUCCAAGCUGGUCACUGAACCUGCAGAAAUUCUAGCCUAA